GAACUACCUCCCCCCUACACAGCCAUCACCAGUCCCGACCCAGGGGGGGUACCCAUCAUCAACUGCCGUGUGUGCCAGUCUCUCAUUAACCUGGAUGGCAAGCUGCAUCAGCAUGUGGUGAAGUGUACUGUGUGCAACGAGGCCACGGUAAGACUCACCUGCAAGUGUGUGUGUGUCUGUGUGUCUGUGUAAUCUGAGGGAAAUAUGUGUCGCUAAUAUGGUCAUACAUUUGGCAGGAAGUUAGGAAGUGCAGCUCAGUUUCCACCUCAUUUUGUGGGCAGAGUGCACAUAACCUGUCUUCUCUUGAGAGCCAGGUCUGCCUACGGCGGCCUUUCUCAAUAGCAAGGCUAUGCUCACUGAGUCUGUACAUAGUCAAAGAUUUCCUUAAUUUUGGGUCAGUCAUUCUGCCACUGUGUACUCUCUGUUUAGGGCCAAAUAGCAUUCUAGUUUGCUCUGUUUUUUUGUAAAUUCUUUCCAAUGUGUCAAGCAAUUAUCUUUUUGUUUUCUCAUGAUUUUUUUGGGUCUAAUUGUUUUGCUAUCCUGGGGCUCUGUGGGGUCUGUUGGUGUUUGUGAACAGAGCCCCAGGACCAGCUUGCUUAGGGGACUCUUCUCUAGGUUUAUCUCUCUGUAGGUGAUGGCUUUGUUAUGGAAGGUUUGGGAAUCACUUCCUUUUAGGUGGUUGUAGAAUUUAACUGCUCUUUUCUGGAUUUUGAUCAUUAGCGGGUAUCGGCCUAAUUCUGCUCUGCAUGCAUUAUUUGGUGUUUUAUGUUGUACACUGAGGAUAUUUUUGCAGAAUUCUGCAUGCAGAGUCUCAAUUUGGUGUUUGUCCCAUUUUGUGAAUUAUUGGUUGGUGAGUGGACCCCAGACAUCACAACCAUAAAGGGCAAUGGGUUCUAUAACUGAUUCAAGUAUUUUUAGCCAGAUCCUAAUUGGUAUGUCGAAUUUUAUGUUCCUUUUGAUGGCAUAGAAGGCCCUUCUUGGCUUGUCUCUCAGAUCGUUCACAGCUUUGUGGAAGUUACCUGUGGCGCUGAUGUUUAGGCCAAGGUAUGUAUAGUUUUUUGUGUGCUCUAGGACAACGGUGUCUAGAUGGAAUUUUUAUUUGUGGUCCUGGCAACUGAACCUUUUUUGGAACAUCAUUAUUUUUGUCUUACUGAGAUUUACUGUCGGGGCCCAGGUCUGACAGAAUCUGUGCUGAAGAUCUAGGUGCUGCUGUAGGCCCUCCUUGGUUGGGGACAGAAGCACCAGAUCAUCAGCAAACAGUAGACAUUUGACUUCAGAUUCUAGUAGGGUGAGGCCGGGUGCUGCAGACUGUUCUAGUGCCCUCGCCAAUUUGUUGAUAUAUAUGUUGAAGAGGGUGGGGCUUAAACUGCAUCCCUGUCUCACCCCACGGCCCUGUGGAAAGAAAUGUGUGUGUUUUUUGCCUAUUUUAACCGCACACUUGUUGUUUGUGUACAUGGAUUUUAUAAUGUCGUAUGUUUUUCCACCAACACCACUUUCCAUCAAUUUGUAUAGCAGACCCUCAUACCAAAUUGAGUCAAAAGCUUUUUUGAAAUCAACAAAGCAUGAGAAAACUUUGCCUUUGUUUUGGUUUGUUUGUUAGUCAGUUAGUGUGUUCAUGGUGAAUACAUGGUCUGUCGUACGGUAAUUUGGUAAAAAGCCAAUUUCACAUUUGCUCAGUCUGCUGUUAAUGAUAAUGCAAAGGAUUUUCCCAAGGUUGCUGUUGACGCAUAUCCCACGGUAGUUAUUGGGGUCAAAUUUGUCUCCACUUUUGUGGAUUGGGGUGAUCAGUCCUUGGUUCCAAAUAUUGGGGAAUAUGCCAGAGCCAAGGAUGAUGUUAAAGAGUUUAAGUAUAGCAAAUUGGAAUUUGUAGUCUGUAUAUUUUAUCAUUUCAUUGAGGAUACCAUCAACACCACAGGCCUUUUUGGGUUGGAAGGUUUGUAUUUUGUCCUGUAGUUCGUUCAAUGUAAUUUGAGAAUCCAGUGGGUUCUGGUAGUAUUUAAUAGUUGAUUCUAAGAUUUGUAUUUGAUCAUGUAUAUGUUUUUGCUGUUUGUUCUUUGUUAUAGGGCCAAAAGAUUGGAGAAGUGGUUUACCCAUACAUCUCCAUUUUGGAUAGAUAACUCUUUGUGUUGUUUGUUUAGUGUUUUCCAAUUUUCCCAGAAGUGGUUAGAGUCUAUGGAUGCUUCAAUAUCGAUAUUUCACGAAUUCACGAUAUUUGAGUGGAGAUUUUUAGAAAUGUUUGAUUGAUGGACAUAUUCGAGCAGAGCAGGGUUAUUUGCCCCCUUUCUAAUUGUCUCUACAUUUGCAUAUUUGUGAUACUGAAUGUUAUCAGAUCUUCAACCAAAACCUAAUAUUAGAUAAUGGGAACAUAAGUGAACAAAUAACACAACAAUUACAUAUUUAUUUCAUUUAUUUCAUAAACAAAGUUAUGCAACACCCAAUUCCCCUGUGUGAAAAAGUAAUUGCCCCCUUACACUCAAUAACUGGUUGUGCACCUUUAGCUGCAAUGACUCCAACCAAAUGCUUCCUGUAGUUGUUGAUCAGUCUCUCACGUCGCUGUGGAAGAACUUUUGCCCACUCUUCCAUGCAGAACUGCUUUAACUCAGUGACGUGUGGGUUUUCAAGCAUGAACUGCUCGUUUCAAGUCCUGCCACAACAUCUCAAUUGGGAUUAGGUCUGGACUUUGACUAGGCCAUUCCAAAACUUCAAAUUUGUUGCUUUUUAGCAAUUUUCAUGUAGACUUGAUAGUGUGUUUUGGAUCAUUGUCUUGCUGCAUGACCCAGCUGCGCUUCAGCUUCAGCUCACAGACGGAUGGUCUGACAUUCUCCUGUAGAAUUCUCUGAUACAGAGCAGAAUUCAUGGUUCCUUCUAUUAAGGCAAGUCGUCCAGGUCCUGAGGCAGCAAAGCAUCCCCAAACCAUCACACCACCACCACCAUGCUUGACCUUUGGUAUGAUGUUCUUACUGUGGAAUGCAGUGUUUGGUUUUCACCAGGCAUAAUGGGACCCAUCUUGUCCAAAAAGUUGACUCAAGUUUGCCAAAAAGCACCUGGAUGAUCAUCAAGACUCUUGGAAGAACGUUCUAUGGACAGAUGAUUCAAAAAUAUUACUUUUUGGACGACAUGGUUCCAGUAAUGCCUGGCGAAAACCAAACUCUGCAUUCCACAGUAAGAACAUAAUAAGCCAACACACAGCAAACUACCAGAUACCAUUAAUUAAACAACCAUUAUUUCAUUGUACUGCAGUUUUAUUGCAUUUUAACGGCAGUGAUUUUUUAAAAGGGUAUCCUGUAUUAUUGUGUUAUGGAAGUGAAUGUGCACUUUUCAAUUGGGUGGAAUGCAACUACAAAAAACACUGCCAUAGCCUGUAGUAAAAGCAAAAGCAUUUAUAGCAUCGGAGAUUAUCUAAAUUACGGACCAUCUCCGAUGCUAUAGGACCGCAGAGAGCUUUUAAUGCAAAUUUGAUGACUUUGGUCCUCUGUAGUUUAAUUGGUAGAGCAUGGUGCUUGUAACGCCAGGGUAGUGGGUUCGAUCCCCGGGACCACCCAUACGUAAAAAUGUAUGCACACAUGACUGUAAUUCGCUUUGGAUAAAAGCGUCUGCUAAAUGGCAUAUUAUUAUUAUUAUUAUUAUUAUUACAUUUACAUUUACGUCAUUUAGCAGACGCUCUUAUCCAGAGCGACUUACAAAUUGGUGCAUUCACCUUAUAGCCAGUGGGAUAACCACUUUACAAUGUUUUUUUUUUUUUUUUUUGGUUGGGUAAGGGGGGGGGUAGAAGGAUUACCGCUGUCCUGGCGUCGUGAGGGAGCUUGUUCCACCAUUGGGGUGCCAGAGCAGCGAACAGUUUUGACUGGGCUGAGCGGGAACUCUGCUUCCGCAGAGGUAGGGGAGCCAGCAGGCCAGAGGUGGAUGAACGCAAUGCCCUCGUUUGGGUGUAGGGACUGAUCAGAGCCUGAAGGUACGGAGGUGCCGUUCCCCUCACAGCUCCGUAGGCAAGCACCAUGGUCUUGUAGCAGAUGCGAGCUUCAACUGGAAGCCAGUGGAGUGUGCGGAGGAGCGGGGUGACGUGAGAGAACUUGGGAAGGUUGAACACCAGACGGGCUGCGGCAUUCUGGAUGAGUUGUAGGGGUUUAAUGGCACAGGCAGGGAGCCCAGCCAACAGCGAGUUGCAGUAAUCCAGACGGGAGAUGACAAGUGCCUGGAUUAGGACCUGUGCCGCUUCCUGUGUAAGGCAGGGUCGUACUCUCCGAAUGUUGUAGAGCAUGAACCUACAGGAUCGGGUCACCGCCUUGAUGUUAGCGGAGAACGACAGGGUGUUGUCCAGGGUCACGCCAAAGGCUCUUCGCACUCUGGGAGGAGGACACAACGGAGUUGUCAACGGUGAUGGCGAGAUCAUGGAACGGGCAGUCCUUCCCCGGGAGGAAGAGCAGCUCCGUCUUGCCAAGGUUCAGCUUGAGGUGGUGAUCCAUCAUCCAUACUGAUAUGUCUGCCAGACAUGCAGAGAUGCGAUUCGCCACCUGGUUAUCAGAAGGGGGAAAGGAGAAGAUUAGUUGUGUGUCGUCUGCGUAGCAAUGAUACGAGAGGCCAUGUGAGGAUAUGACAGAGCCAAGUGACUUGGUGUAUAGCGAGAAUAGGAGAGGGCCUAGAACUGAGCCCUGGGGGACACCAGUGGUGAGAGCACGUGGUGCGGAGACAGCUUCUCGCCACGCCACUUGGUAGGAGCGACCGGUCAGGUAGGACGCAAUCCAAGAGUGAGCCGCACCGGAGAUGCCCAGCUCGGAGAGGGUGGAGUGGAGGAUCUGAUGGUUCACAGUAUCAAAGGCAGCAGACAGGUCUAGAAGGACAAGAGCAGAGGAGAGAGAGUUAGCUUUAGCAGUGCGGAGAGCCUCCGUGACACAGAGAAGAGCAGUCUCAGUUGAAUGACCAGUCUUGAAACCUGACUGGUUUGGAUCAAGAAGGUCAUUCUGAGAGAGAUAGCAAGAGAGUUGGCUAAAGACGGCACGCUCAAUAGUUUUGGAAAGAAAAGAAAGAAGGGAUACUGGUCUGUAGUUGUUGACAUCAGAGGGAUCGAGUGUUGGUUUUUUGAGAAGGGCUGCAACUCUCGCUCUCUUGAAGACGGAAGGGACAUAGCCAGCGGUCAAGGAUGAGUUGAUCAGCGAGGUGAGGUAAGGGAGAAGGUCACCGGAGAUGGUCUGGAGAAGAGAGGAGGGGAUAGGGUCAAGCGGGCAGGUUGUUGGGCGGCCGGCCUUCACAAGUCGCAAGAUUUUAUCUGGAGAGAGAGGGGAGAAAGAAGUCAAAGCAUAGGGUAGGGCAGUGUGAGUAGGACCAGCAGUGUCAUUUGACUUAACAAACGAGGAUCGGAUGUCGUCAACCUUCUUUUCAAAGUGGUUGACGAAGUCAUCCACAGAGAGGGAGGAGGAGGGGGGAGGGGGAGUAGGAUUCAGCAGGGAGGAGAAGGUGGCAAAGAGCUUCCUAGGGUUAGAGGCAGAUGCUUGGAAUUUAGAGUGGUAGAAAGUGGCUUUAGCAGCAGAAACAGAUGAAGAAAAUGUAGAGAGGAGGGAGUGAAAAGAUGCCAGGUCCGCAGGGAGUCUAGUUUUCCUCCAUUUCCGCUCGGCUGCCCGGAGCCCUCUUCUGUGAGCUCGCAAUGAGUCAUCGAGCCACGGAGCUGGAGGGGAGGACUGAGCCGGCCGGGAGGAUAGGGGACAUAGAGAGUCAAAGGAUGCAGAAAGGGAGGAGAGGAGGGUUGAGGAGGCAGAAUCAGGAGAUUGGAGGGAGAAGGAUUGAGCAGAGGGAAGAGAUGAUAGGAUGGAAGAGGAGAGCGUAGCGGGAGAGAGAGAGCGAAGGUUGCGACGCGCAUUACCAUUUGAGUAGGGGCAGAGUGAGUAGUGUUGGAGGAGAGCGAGAGAGAAAAGGAUACAAAGUAGUGGUCGGAGACUUGGAGUGGAGUUGCAGUGAGAUUAGUAGAAGAACAGCAUCUAGUAAAGAUGAGGUCAAGCGUAUUGCCUGCCUUGUGAGUAGGGGGGGAGGGUGAGGUCAAAAGAGGAGAGGAGUGGAAAGAAGGAGGCAGAGAGAAAUGAGUCAAAGGUAGACGUAGGGAGGUUGAAGUCCCCCAGAACUGUGAGGGGUGAGCCAUCCUCAGGAAAGGAACUUAUCAAGGCGUCAAGCUCAUUGAUGAACUCUCCAAGGGAACCUGGAGGGCGAUAAAUGACAAGGAUAUUAAGCUUAAAUGGGCUAGUGACUGUGACAGCAUGGAAUUCAAAUGAGGAGAUAGACAGAUAUUAUAUUAUAUUAUGACUUUGAGGUGAAAUAUAUCACAUUUCUUUGUUUUUUAAAAUUGGUAUUUCAUUACCUACCGAAUAAAAACCUCAUAUACUCCUGAAAAAGUUAAUUGUGUGCUAAGCUGAAUCAUGCAAACCCUGCAGAAAAAGAACAUUACAAUAAUUGUAAUCCCCUGUAGCUCAGUUGGUAGAGCAUGGCGCUUGCAACACCAGGGUUGUGGGUUCGUUUCCCACGGGGGGCCAGUAUGAAAAAUGUAUGCACUCACUAACUGUAAGUUGCUCUGGAUAAGAGUGUCUGCUAAAUGACUAAAAUGUAAAUGUAUAUUGUUUUAGAGUUUCACCAUAGUGAAGGCGUAGGCUCAGGUUUUCUGGGUCUCUUUGUUUUUGGUUGGAUAGGUUUCUCAAUUUCUUUCUUAGGUUUUUGCAUUCUUCAUCAAACCAUUUGUCAUUGUUAAUUUUCUUUGGUUUUCUGUUUGAAAUUUUUAGAUUUGAUAGGGAAGCUGAGAGGUCAAAUAUACUGUUUAGGUUUUCUACUGCCAAGUUUACACCUUCAUUAUUACAGUGGAACCUUUUGUCCAGGAAGUUGUCUAAAAAAGAAUUGAAUUUGUUGUUGACUAAUUGUUUUUUGGUAGAUUUCGACACUACUUUCCUUCAUCAAUAGCAUUUCUUAAUAUUAUUCAGUUCCUUUGGCUUUGAUGCCUCAUGAUUGACUAUUUCUCUGUUCAAGUAGACUGUGAUUUUGCUGUGGUCUGAUAGGGGUGUCAGUGGGCUGACUGUGAAUGGUCUGAGAGACUCUGGGUUGAGGUCAGUGAUAAAGUAGUCUACAGUACUACUGCCAAGAGAUGAGCUAUAGGUGUACCUACCAUAGGAGUCCCCUCGAAGCCUACCAUUGACUAUGUACAGACCCAGCGUGCGACAGAGCUGCAGGAGUUGUGACCCGUUUUGUUGGUUAUGUUGUCAUAGUUGUGCCUAGGGGGGCAUAUGGGGGAGGGAAUGCUGUCAGCUCCAGGUAGGUGUUUGUCCCCCUGUGUGCUGAGGGUGUCAGGUUCUUGUCCAGUUCUGGCAUUUAGGUCACCACAGACUAGUACAUGUCCCUGGGUCUGGAAAUGAUUGAUUUCCCCCUCCAGGAUGGAGAAGCUGCCUUCAUUAAAAUAUGGGGAUUCUAGUGGGGGGAUAUAGGUAGCACACAGGAGGACAUUUGUCUCUGUUGAGAUCAUUUCCUUUUGAAUUUCUAGCCAAAUGUAAAAUGUUCCCGUUUUGAUUAAUUUAAUAGAGUGAGUUAGGUCUGCUCUAUACCAAAUUAGCAUACCCCCUGAGUCCAUUCCCUGUUUCACACCUGGUAGUUUGGUGGAUGGGACUACCAGCUCUCUGUAACCUAGAGGGCAACCAGUGGGUCCAUCUCCUCUAUACCAUGUUUCUUGUAGGAUGACAAUGUCUGUAUUUGUGAUUUCUUUGGUGAAGUCCAGAUUCCUGCUCUUUAGGCCAAAGGCAGAUGACCUCAGGCCUUGGAUAUUCCAGGAUGAGAGAGUGAAGGCUUUGUGCUCCAUAAAGUGUCCAAUAUUGUUAGUCUCUCUCUCUCUCUCUCUCUCUCUUUCUCUCUCUCUCUCUCUCUUCUCUCUCUCUCUUCUCUCUCUCUCUCUCUCUCUCUCUCUCUCUCUCUCUCUCUCUCUCUCUCUCUCUCUCUCUCUCUCUCUCUCUCUCUUACCAUCAUCCUACCCUAAGGCCAGGGUUAUCCACACCAUUGUGUUGUAUGGGGCGGCAGGUAGCUUAGUGGUUAAGAGCGUUGUGCCAGUAACCGAAAGGUCGCUGGUUCUAAUCCCCGAGCCGACUAGGUGAAAAAUCUGCCGAUGUGCAAGGCACUUAACCCUAAUUGCUCAUGUAAGUCGCUCUGGAUAAGAGCGUCUGCUAAAUGACUAAAAUGUAAAUGUAAAUGUAUUAUAAUCCAUUACUCCAGGACACCCACGCUGUAGUGAUGUCACCAGCAGAUCAGAGGCUAGGGGAGGAUUCUAACUAGACACUAGAUAUCCUUCAGUCUCCACCGCGAUGGCUGUUCUAUGAGCCUACAGUGGACUCACACAGUCUGAAUGACAGGGAGCUAAUGUGGCUGUCUGUCGGUGGAGCUGGGUACAUAUGACACUCGGUGUGCAUCCCAAGUGACACCCUAUCCGGUCCACUGUUCAGUUCACAAUGCCCAUAGGGCUCUGGUCAAAAGUAGUACACUAUGUAGGCAAUAGGGUGCUGUUUGGAUGAGCUGGGUGUGACAUGUCAUAUUAAAUGGAUGUGGGUAAUGGUCCUUGUCAAUGACCGUCACAUACUGCGCUCCUCCAUGGAUCUGAAUCUAAUCACAUUCCAUUGGGCCUUUCUGGUGUAUUUUUAUGGCUCAGUAAAGUUUGAUCCAACUACAUUGUAAAUACACAUUCAUAAGUCUUAGCUUAGCUUCAAAUGGAGUUAUUCUUAGUCCUGUGUCGUAACAGUGUAAUAACACUAGUAACAUGUUAUUAACAUGUCAUUACAUACAAAUGUAGUAACUACUCUGCAAUUGCAUAGUCAUGGAGUUUAGCUGUUUUUUUGUUAUUACACAAGUGGAGUAAAGAUUGUAUCCUCGUUAAACCAGCGAGAUCUUCCGAGCUCAAAUUCUGUUUCACGUACCCCAAGUGAAGUGAAACAAAUGUGACUGCAGUGGUCAGUCUGGUUUCACUCGGCUAUAAAGAUUUGUUCCUUAUUCUACUUACAGUGUAGACCUACGGAAUCACGGUACCUGAAAGCCAGUGGUUUCCCAAUGCCUUGGUCGUCUCAGCUGAGAAGGAUCAAACAGUCCGUCAGUCGGCCCAUGCGUGGCCGGGGCUGACCUCUAUAAGAGGGUAUUAGUAUCAGUCCUGUACUGCCGUGCCAUGCUCUGUCGACUCAACCAGAAGGGGUUGAUACAUGCUCUGUCGACUCAACCAGAAGGGGUUGAUACAUGCUCUGUCUAGACUCAACCAGAAGGGGUUGAUACAUGCUCUGUCUAGACUCAACCAGAAGGGGUUGAUACAUGCUCUGUCUAGACUCAACCAGAAGGGGUUGAUACAUGCUCUGUCUAAACUCAACCAGAAGGGGUUGAUAUACUUGAAUCCAUAGCCAUGACUCAGCAAAAUUACGGACUAAUCGGAUUGUAAUUGGAUGUGUCCCCAAUGUAUAUUGUGACCAGUCCCCCCCCCCCCCCCGUGAAUAAGAGUGUUAUUGUGAUUUUGUUUUAUUACGUGAUGUUACUGUGUAAUUUAAAUAAGAACCAGAUGUUAGAGAUACAUCAGUAGUCUGUGUACAUAGAGGAUUAAAUAACAAAAGUGGUUAAAAGUGGUUUAAAAUGGAUUUAAAAGUAAUUACACAUUUUUAUUUCAGCCCAUCAAAAACCCACCGACUGGGAAGAAGUAUGUACGGUGUCCCUGCAACUGUCUCCUCAUCUGCAAAGACUCAUCUAGGAGGAUAGGAUGUCCCAGACCCAACUGGUAGGUGAUAGGAUGUCCCAGACCCAACUGGUAGGUGAUAGGAUGCCCCACCCCAGACCCAACUGGUAGGUGAUAGGAUGUCCCACCCCAGACCCAACUGGUAGGUGAUAGGAUGCCCCACCCCAGACCCAACUGGUAGGUGAUAGGAUGCCCCACCCCAGACCCAACUGGUAGGUGAUAGGAUGUCCCACCCCAGACCCAACUGGUAGGUGAUAGGAUGCCCCACCCCAGACCCAACUGGUAGGUGAUAGGAUGCCCCACCCCAGACCCAACUGGUAGGUGAUAGGAUGUCCCACCCCAGACCCAACUGGUAGGUGAUAGGAUGCCCCACCCCAGACCCAACUGGUAGGUGAUAGGAUGCCCCACCCCAGACCCAACUGGUAGGUGAUAGGAUGCCCCACCCCAGACCCCAACUGGUAGGUGAUAGGAUGUCCCAGACCCAACUGGUAGGUGAUAGGAUGUCCCACCCCAGACCCAACUGGUAGGUGAUAGGAUGUCCCAGACCCAACUGGUAGGUGAUAGGAUGUCCCACCCCAGACCCAACUGGUAGGUGAUAGAUGCCCCAGACCCAACUGGUAGGUGAUAGGAUGCCCCACCCCAGACCCAACUGGUAGGUGAUAGGAUGCCCCAGACCAGACCCAACUGGUAGGUGAUAGGAUGCCCCACCCCAGACCCAACUGGUAGGUGAUAGGAUGCCCCAGACCCAACUGGUAGGUGAUAGGAUGCCCCAGACCCAACUGGUAGGUGAUAGGAUGCCCCAACCCAGACCCAACUGGUAGGUGAUAGGAUGCCCCACCCCAGACCCAACUGGUAGGUGAUAGGAUGUCCCAGACCCAACUGGUAGGUGAUAGGAUGUCCCACCCCAGACCCAACUGGUAGGUGAUAGGAUGCCCCACCCCAGACCCAACUGGUAGGUGAUAGGAUGUCCCACCCCAGACCCAACUGGUAGGUGAUAGGAUGCCCCAGACCCAACUGGUAGGUGAUAGGAUGCCCCACCCCAGACCCAACUGGUAGGUGAUAGGAUGCCCCACCCCAGACCCAACUGGUAGGUGAUAGGAUGUCCCAGACCCAACUGGUAGGUGAUAGGAUGUCCCACCCCAGACCCAACUGGUAGGUGAUAGGAUGUCCCAGACCCAACUGGUAGGUGAUAGGAUGCCCCACCCCAGACCCAACUGGUAGGUGAUAGGAUGCCCCAGACCCAACUGGUAGGUGAUAGGAUGCCCCACCCCAGACCCAACUGGUAGGUGAUAGGAUGUCCCAGACCCAACUGGUAGGUGAUAGGAUGUCCCACCCCAGACCCAACUGGUAGGUGAUAGGAUGCCCCACCCCAGACCCAACUGGUAGGUGAUAGGAUGCCCCACCCCAGACCCAACUGGUAGGUGAUAGGAUGCCCCACCCCAGACCCAACUGGUAGGUGAUAGGAUGCCCCAGACCCAACUGGUAGGUGAUAGGAUGUCCCAGACCCAACUGGUAGGUGAUAGAUGCCCCAGACCCAACUGGUAGGUGAUAGGAUGCCCCACCCCAGACCCAACUGGUAGGUGAUAGGAUGCCCCAGACCCAACUGGUAGGUGAUAGGAUGUCCCAGACCCAACUGGUAGGUGAUAGGAUGCCCCAGACCCAACUGGUAGGUGAUAGGAUGCCCCACCCCAGACCCAACUGGUAGGUGAUAGGAUGCCCCAGACCCAACUGGUAGGUGAUAGGAUGCCCCAGACCCAACUGGUAGGUGAUAGGAUGUCCCAGACCCAACUGGUAGGUGAUAGGAUGCCCCAGACCCAACUGGUAGGUGAUAGGAUGUCCCACCCCAGACCCAACUGGUAGGUGAUAGGAUGUCCCAGACCCAACUGGUAGGUGAUAGGAUGCCCCAGACCCAACUGGUAGGUGAUAGGAUGUCCCACCCCAGACCCAACUGGUAGGCGAUAGGAUGCCCCACCCCAGACCCAACUGGUAGGUGAUAGGAUGCCCCACCCCAGACCCAACUGGUAGGUGAUAGGAUGUCCCAGACCCAACUGGUAGGUGAUAGGAUGCCCCACCCCAGACCCAACUGGUAGGUGAUAGGAUGUCCCAGACCCAACUGGUAGGUGAUAGGAUGUCCCAGACCCAACUGGUAGGUGAUAGGAUGCCCCACCCCAGACCCAACUGGUAGGUGAUAGGAUGUCCCAGACCCAACUGGUAGGUGAUAGGAUGCCCCAGACCCAACUGGUAGGUGAUAGGAUGCCCCACCCCAGACCCAACUGGUAGGUGAUAGGAUGUCCCAGACCCAACUGGUAGGUGAUAGGAUGCCCCACCCCAGACCCAACUGGUAGGUGAUAGGAUGCCCCACCCCAGACCCAACUGGUAGGUGAUAGGAUGUCCCAGACCCAACUGGUAGGUGAUAGGAUGCCCCACCCCAGACCCAACUGGUAGGUGAUAGGAUGCCCCACCCCAGACCCAACUGGUAGGUGAUAGGAUGUCCCACCCCAGACCCAACUGGUAGGUGAUAGGAUGCCCCACCCCAGACCCAACUGGUAGGUGAUAGGAUGCCCCACCCCAGACCCAACUGGUAGGUGAUAGGAUGUCCCAGACCCAACUGGUAGGUGAUAGGAUGUCCCACCCCAGACCCAACUGGUAGGUGAUAGGAUGUCCCACCCCAGACCCAACUGGUAAGUGAUAGGAUGCCCCACCCCAGACCCAACUGGUAGGUGAUAGGAUGCCCCACCCCAGACCCAACUGGUAGGUGAUAGGAUGCCCCACCCCAGACCCAACUGGUAGGUGAUAGGAUGCCCCACCCCAGACCCAACUGGUAGGUGAUAGGAUGCCCCAGACCCAACUGGUAGGUGAUAGGAUGCCCCAGAACCAACUGGUAGGUGAUAGGAUGCCCCACCCCAGACCCAACUGGUAGGUGAUAGGAUGCCCCACCCCAGACCCAACUGGUAGGUGAUAGGAUGUCCCAGACCCAACUGGUAGGUGAUAGGAUGCCCCAGACCCAACUGGUAGGUGAUAGGAUGUCCCACCCCAGACCCAACUGGUAGGUGAUAGGAUGCCCCACCCCAGACCCAACUGGUAGGUUGAUAGGAUGUCCCACCCCCAGACCCAACUGGUAGGUGAUAGGAUGCCCCACCCCAGACCCAACUGGUAGGUGAUAGGAUGUCCCACCCCAGACCCAACUGGUAGGUGAUAGGAUGCCCCACCCCAGACCCAACUGGUAGGUGAUAGGAUGUCCCACCCCAGACCCAACUGGUAGGUGAUAGGAUGCCCCAGACCCAACUGGUAGGUGAUAGGAUGCCCCAGACCCAACUGGUAGGUGAUAGGAUGCCCCACCCCAGACCCAACUGGUAGGUGAUAGGAUGUCCCAGACCCAACUGGUAGGUGAUAGGAUGCCCCACCCCAGACCCAACUGGUAGGUGAUAGGAUGUCCCAGACCCAACUGGUAGGUGAUAGGAUGCCCCAGACCCAACUGGUAGGUGAUAGGAUGUCCCACCCCAGACCCAACUGGUAGGUGAUAGGAUGCCCCACCCCAGACCCAACUGGUAGGUGAUAGGAUGUCCCACCCCAGACCCAACUGGUAGGUGAUAGGAUGCCCCACCCCAGACCCAACUGGUAGGUGAUAGGAUGUCCCACCCCAGACCCAACUGGUAGGUGAUAGGAUGCCCCAGACCCAACUGGUAGGUGAUAGGAUGCCCCAGACCCAACUGGUAGGUGAUAGGAUGCCCCACCCCAGACCCAACUGGUAGGUGAUAGGAUGUCCCAGACCCAACUGGUAGGUGAUAGGAUGCCCCAGACCCAACUGGUAGGUGAUAGGAUGUCCCACCCCAGACCCAACUGGUAGGUGAUAGGAUGCCCCACCCCAGACCCAACUGGUAGGUGAUAGGAUGUCCCACCCCAGACCCAACUGGUAGGUGAUAGGAUGCCCCACCCCAGACCCAACUGGUAGGUGAUAGGAUGCCCCACCCCAGACCCAACUGGUAGGUGAUAGGAUGUCCCACCCCAGACCCAACUGGUAGGUGAUAGGAUGCCCCAGACCCAACUGGUAGGUGAUAUGAUGCCCCACCCCAGACCCAACUGGUAGGUGAUAGGAUGUCCCAGACCCAACUGGUAGGUGAUAGGAUGCCCCACCCCAGACCCAACUGGUAGGUGAUAGGAUGUCCCAGACCCAACUGGUAGGUGAUAGGAUGCCCCAGACCCAACUGGUAGGUGAUAGGAUGUCCCACCCCAGACCCAACUGGUAGGUGAUAGGAUGCCCCACCCCAGACCCAACUGGUAGGUGAUAGGAUGUCCCACCCCAGACCCAACUGGUAGGCGAUAGGAUGUCCCACCCCAGACCCAACUGGUAGGUGAUAGGAUGUCCCACCCCAGACCCAACUGGUAGGUGAUAGGAUGCCCCAGACCCAACUGGUAGGUGAUAGGAUGCCCCACCCCAGACCCAACUGGUAGGUGAUAGGAUGUCCCACCCCAGACCCAACUGGUAGGUGAUAGGAUGCCCCAGACCCAACUGGUAGGUGAUAGGAUGCCCCAGACCCAACUGGUAGGUGAUAGGAUGUCCCACCCCAGACCCAACUGGUAGGUGAUAGGAUGUCCCACCCCAGACCCAACUGGUAGGUGAUAGGAUGCCCCAGACCCAACUGGUAGGUGAUAGGAUGUCCCACCCCAGACCCAACUGGUAGGCGAUAGGAUGUCCCGCCCCAGACCCAACUGGUAGGUAUAGGAUGCCCCACCCCAGACCUAACUAGUAGGUCAGAGUUCACAGCAGGCAGCUCUCUCUCUGUCCACUGCAGCCCCAGGAAUGCAUACACUGCACACAGGGUUUCUGGUCCAGUAGGUACGUCCUUGCUGGUCUAGAGUCCAGUAGGUACGUCCUUGCUGGUCUAGUGUCCAGUAGGUAAGUCCUUGAUUGUUCCUGGAGGGGAGCGGAUGUUCUUAGAAAGAGGAUAAGUACAAACCUGGUGGGUGUUAUUGCAUAAUAGAAUGUUCUAGACCAUGAAUCCAAAAACAAACUGACAAUCAGUAACCGACUGACAAUAGUGCCACUUACCUGGGAAAUAUCACUACUGUAUGGUAACCCCUCCCCCUCUGUGUGCCCCACCCCCACAGCAGACGCAUCAUCAACCUGAGCCCAGUGAUGGUGAUUCCAGAGGAGCAGCCGGCCCAGCCAGCCCUGCCAGUCCAGCCUGAGGGCACGAGGGUGGUCUGUGGCCACUGUGGAAACGCCUUCCUGGUAUGUGGCCAAUCAGUGUGCCCUCUGAGCAGCAGUCAGCACCUUCUGGCCUAUCAGAGACUAGCCGGUCGCAGAGCCUGUAUUCAUAAAGUGUCUCCGAGUGGUAGUGCUUGUCUAGGAUCAGGUCUCCCUUGUCCAUUCCUUAUAGUCAAAAAGGCUAAACUGAUCCUAAAUCAGGACUCCUGCACUGAGACGCUUAAUGAAUGUGUUGUGCAGUCUUGCCAACGACAGUGAUCAUAGGAGUUUGACAAGACAGCACAAACAGAUCUGGGACCAGGCUAAUAAGUCAGAGACUGUCUGUGUGGUUCUCAGAUCUGGGACCAGGCUAAUAAGUCAGACUGUCUGUGUGGUUCUCAGAUCUGGGACCAGGCUAAUAAGUCAGAGACUGUCUGUGUGGUUCUCAGUGCUUGACUUCGGGUGAAAGAGGAGCUGUCUUUUUUCAAGUUGGUCCUUUCACUGAAAUUCCCAAAUGACGAUAUGCUGUAGAGACAGACCUCUGAUUAUUCACUGUUAAGGGUUCAUACACAUUUUGAGAGAUGGAAUUUCAUGACUUUUCCAUGACUUAUCAUGACUUUUAACCAAAUUUCCAUGACCAAUAAUUGGUGGCAUCUCUAUGUAUCCUACAGUGAGGGGAAAAAAGUAUUUGAUCCCCUGCUGAUUUUGUACGUUUGCCCACUGACAAAGAAAUGAUCAGUCUAUCAGUCUAUAUACUCCUGAGUGGCGCAGUGGUCUAAGGCACUGCAUCGCAGUGCUAACUGUGCCACUAGAGAUCCUGGUUCGAAUCCAGGCUCUGUCGCAGCCGGCCGCGACCGGGAGACUCAUGGGCGGCGCACAAUUGGCCCAGCGUCGUCCAGGGUAGGGGAGGGAAUGGCCGGCAGGGAUGUAGCUCAGUUGAUAGAGCAUGGCGUUUGCAACGCCAGGGUUGUGGGUUCGUUUCCCACGGGGGGACAGUAUAAAAAAAAAAAAUGUAUUCACUAACUGUAAGUCGCUCUGGACAAGAGCGUCUGCUAAAUGACUAAAAUGUAAAUGUAAAAAUGUAUAAUUUUAAUGGUAGGUUUAUUUGAACAGUGAGAGACAGAAUAACAACAAAAAAAUCCAGAAAAACGCAUGUCAAAAAUGUUAUAAGUUGAUUUGAAUUUUAAUGAGGGAAAUAAGUAUUUCACCCCUCUGCAAAACAUGACAUAGUACUUGGUGGCAAAACCCUUGUUGGCAAUCACAGAGGUCAGACGUUUCUUGUAGUUGGCCACCAGGUUUGCACACAUCUCAGGAGGGAUUUUGUCCCACUCCUGUUUUUAUAGAAUUAUUCCCUCAUUCAAUGAAUCAGGGAUAACAUGGAUAAGGCAGACUACUUCAAAGCAAGGUAGCUAACUAAGACAUGUUUAUCUAUAACCUUAUAAGGCUAGAAUAUUCAUAUCUCUCGGGAGAUCUAUGCUCAGCAUGGAAGCUAUUUGUCAAAUAGGCUAUUCUUAGAAUAUUUUAUCAGUUUUUCAGUUUUUCCGCCUACUGAUUAACAGAAGGGAAUCCCAGCUUUCCAAUAACAGUGUCAGAUGUAUUUGUCAGCAAUGCCGGUGUAAAGGCGACAGUGAGUCAACGACAUUAAUUCUUAGGUCUAUAGCUAAACCGUUCAACUAGCGAGAUAGCAUGUUGCAAGGCUAGCUAAACCGUUCACUAGCGAGAUAGCAUGUUGCAUGGCUAGCUAAACCGUUCACUAGCGAGAUAGCCUGUUGCAUGGCUAGCUAAACCGUUCACUAGCGAGAUAGCAUGUAGCAUGGCUAGCUAAACCGUUCACUAGCGAGAUAGCCUGUAGCAAUUCUAGUUACGUUUUGAAUUAGCUAUUUAGUUAGCCUAUCAUUGUUUUAUAGAAUACCUGCUGCUGAAAUGUCUCAAUCUCCAACCGUCUACUGGUGUGCAUACACUGGAUCCACAGACUAGAUACUGCAUACACUGGAUCCACAGACUAGAUACUGCAUACACUGGAUCCACAGACUAGAUACUGCAUACACUGGAUCCACAGACUAGAUACUGCAUACAACUGGAUCCACAGACUAGAUACUGCAUACACUGGAUCCACAGACUAGAUACUGCAUACACUGGAUCCACAGACUAGAUACUGCAUACACUGGAUCCACAGACUAGAUACUGCAUACACUGGAUCCACAGACUAGAUACUGCAUACACUGGAUCCACAGACUAGAUACUGCAUACACUGGAUCCACAGACUAGAUACUGCAUACACUGGAUCCACAGACUAGAUACUGCAUACACUGGAUCCACAGACUAGAUACUGCAUACACUGGAUCCACAGACUAGAUACUGCAUACACUGGAUCCACAGACUAGAUACUGCAUACACUGGAUCCACAGACUAGAUAAGCUUGAACAUGAUAUGAAUGCACGCUAUUCAAUACAGAUCCCGCCUUCAUUCCACUUUGAUCAACCUUUUUUUGCCGCAGUGUGUGAAUCCUGGCCGGUGAUAGCCACUUCGUUUUAUAAAGGAGACUAUGGCGCUCUGGACAGCUCCGGCCCAAGUCGAGCACUGGCGGUUCGGUGUGUGUGUGUGUGUUGGUUGUGUGUGUUGGUUGUGUGUGUGUGUGUUGUGUGGUGUGGUUGUGUGUGUGUGUGUGUGAGUGAAUGCUUAAAGUGUAGCACCCCCUGUUGCAGUCCCUUCUACUGUAGGGUAGUUGGUACGUUGGUAGCAGGUCGUUGUAGUGAUACAUGCAGUAGGAACGCGUCCCAAAUGGCACCCUAUUCCCUAUAUAGUGCACUACUUUAGACAGAGAAUGGCACCCUAUUCCCUAUAGUGUUGUACUACUUUAGACCAGAAUGGCACCCUAUCCCUAUAUAGUGCACUACUUUAGACCAGAGAAUGGCACCUAUUCCCUAUAUAGUGUACUACUUAGACCGAAAUGGCACCCAUUCCCUAUAUAGUGCACUACUUUAGACCAGAGAAUGGCACCCUAUUCCCUAUAUAGUGCUACUACUUUAGACCAGAGAAUGGCACCCUAUUCCCUAUAUAGUGCACUACUUUAGACCAGAGAAUGGCACCCUAUUCCCUAUAUAGUGCACUACUUUAGACCAGAGAAUGGCACCCUAUUCCCUAUAUAGUGCACUACUUUAGACCAGAGAAUGGCACCCUAUUCCCUAUAUGGUGCACUACUUUAGACCAGAGAAUGGCACCCCUAUUCCCUAUAUAGUGCACUACUUUAGACCAGAGAAUGGCACCCUAUUCCCCUAUAUAGUACACUACUUUAGACCAGAGAAUGGCACCCUAUUCCCUAUAUAGUGCACUACUUUACACCAGAGAAUGGCACCCUAUUCCCUAUAUAGUGCACUACUUUAGACCAGAGAAUGGCACCCUAUUCCCUAUAUAGUGCACUACUUUACACCAGAGAAUGGCACCCUAUUCCCUAUAUAGUGCACUACUUUAGACCAGAGAAUGGCACCCUAUUCCCUAUAUAGUGCACUACUUUAGACCAGAGAAUGGCACCCUAUUCCCUAUAUAGUGCACUACUUUACACCAGAGAAUGGCACCCCUAUUCCCUAUAUAGUGCACUACUUUAGACCAGAGAAUGGCACCCUAUUCCCUAUAUAGUGCACUACUUUAGACCAGAGAAUGGCACCCUAUUCCCUAUAUAGUGCACUACUUUACACCAGAGAAUGGCACCCUAUUCCCUAUAUAGUGCACUACUUUAGACCAGAGAAUGGCACCCUAUUCCCUAUAUAGUGCACUACUUUAGACCAGAGAAUGGCACCCUAUUCCCCAUAUAGUGCACUACUUUAGACCAGAGAAUGGCACCCUAUUCCCUAUAUAGUGCACUACUUUAGACCAGGACCCAUAGGGUGGCAUUUGGGACACAGCCUACCUAGAGUAGCAGUACCCUGGUGUGUUGUUAAGGUUGUUGGUCCGUUAUGCGUCUUGGUGUCUAGGGUAACGAGGACUCUGCCACAGCCCCUUCUGGUCUGGCUCUCCAUGACAACAACACCUCUACAGACCAGGUCUCUAUGAGCUGGGGGCACCCUGGGUCUCUAAUAAAGCUUUAAAUAAACUAUAAUACAGCUUUUAUUCAGCUAGUAGCAACCUUCAACUAACCCCUAAUCAAACUCAAAUUGAUGAGCAACAUGAAAUGAAUUCGCCUUACACUAACGCAAACAGGGGAAGUCGGGGUUAUUGAACCCAGCCAAGAUCGAGAAAAAAAAGAGAGGAGGGGUAUGUUAUAUGAAAAGGGGUUGAAAAGUGAGGGGCCGGGGGAGGAAUGUAAUAAGAACGAAUAAGGGAAACGGGGCGAGAGGGGAGGGGAAUUGUAUUUUGCCGGAACAAGGCCGGCUUUUUUGAGGGAGGGACCCCGGAUUAAAAGUAAAGCAAAGGCCCUCAGGAAAAAAGGGAGUAAGUUUCCCAAACUUCAAACGGGAAAGGCGGGACCGUUUGCCCAAGACCAUCAAACGCCGGUGGCGGGGUUUGGAGUUUACCCGCUUCCACUAGGCCACUCAAGCAGCGAGGGGCUUCAAGAUUUGCAACCAGCGAGUAGAGGAGGCAGCGUUUUCCCAAACUUCAGGGCCCCUCGGGACCCCAGGGCACCCCUUGGGUCCCGGGGACAGGUUUGGAAAACCCUGGAUCUAGAGGAGACCGCAAGCGGAGCGGGAGGCAUCACCCCU